GAGCUCUGUUGCUCCAGCCAUUCCCGCCAAAACGACUCAGAGCAGCGACGCGCUCCUCGUGCCGCCGACCGACUUCCCAUUCCCGUUCCAGCCAUACUCCAUCCAGCGCCAGCUCAUGCAGGCCCUCUACACUGCCAUCGAAAACCGCCGCUUUGGCAUCUUUGAGAGCCCAACAGGGACGGGCAAAUCGAUGAGCAUCAUUUGCGGCGCCUUGACGUGGCUGCGGGACCACGAGGCGCGACAGGUGCGGCUUGGCGGCUCGCUGAUCGCCGCGGCGCAGGGCCGAGACCAGCCAGUGCAGCCAGCAGGCUCAGUCGCGCCAGGAGUACCCUCUGGUGCAUCUGACGCAUUUCGUGGUGCGGGUGGCGGAGCCGGUCGCGUUGUCGACGACAGACUCGCCGCUAGCUCCUCCUCCUCGUCAUCGCGAAUGGAGACCACCGCUGCUGCUGCUGCUGACGAAGACAAUGCAGAGCCAGACUGGGUGCUGGACUUUGCAGCAAAGAAGGCUGGAGAGAACCAUGAGCGUCGCAUCCGAGAAGAGCAAGAGCUUUUAUUGAAGCAAACAGAGCGACUGGCCCAGGUGAAACGAAAGCUCUCACAGUCCAAAGCAUCCGUCAAACGCCUCGCCGCUGGAUCGGAAAAGCCAGUGUCAAUCCCGACAGCUGCGACGGGCGCUGCGGCAGAUUCCGAUGGCGACGAAAUGGACACACUCAGUGACGGUGAGGCCGACUUGAUCUUGUCCGACUACUCCCCCGACAAGGAGCAGAGCGAUGCAUCCGACUCUGAUUCAGACAGUGAGGCUGGAUCGGGCAAGUUUGAUGCAAGAAGGAAGAAAAAGGCCAGCGCCGUGCGCGAUGACGAGGACGAGGAGGUCCCGGAUGUGGCAAAAAUCUACUACUGCAGUCGCACGCAUUCGCAGCUCAACCAGUUUGUGCAAGAAGUUCGCAAGUCUCCGUUUGGCGAGACUACCAAGGUCGUCGUGCUCGGCUCUCGCAAGAAUCUAUGCGUGAAUGACGAUGUUCGCAAACUCGAAGCCGUGGAGCGAAUCAACGAGCGCUGCGACGACUUGAGAAAGAAUGCGAGCAAGUCCAAGGAAGCGAAAGGCUGCCCGUAUCUCACCAAUGAUAGCGUUUCAACUCUUCGUGAUUCAAUUCUGGUGCAUACGACGGACAUUGAAGAGCUGGUCAACCGCGGAAAGAAAAUGGGCGCUUGCGCUUACUAUGCCUCCCGUCGCGCCAUCCGUGCUGCACACUUGGUGGCUCUGCCUUACCAAAUGCUUUUGCAUCACUCGACGCGAGAGGCGCUUGGAAUCAACCUGAGCAAUCAAGUCGUGAUCGUGGACGAGGCGCACAAUGUGAUGGAAACACUGAAUGAUAUUUACAGCGUCACCAUCACCCUCGCAGUCAUCCGUGCAGCUCAAAGCCAGCUGGAGCAGUACGCCGAAAAGUACAACACGCGACUGAGUCUUAGCAACUUGCGAUUUGUCAACCAACUCUUGUUUGUCAUGCGUGCCAUGCAGCGCAGCGUGACUGGACUGCCCUCAACUGAGCGAGCUCCGGGCGCCAGUGCCCAUCUGUCAAGCAAGUCAUCCGCUUCGGGGGCUGCGGACGAGCACAGCGCAGUGUUCACCAUCAACGACUUUGCUCGGAUCAACAACUUUGACAACAUCAACCUGUUUCACUUGCAGAAUUUCUGCGAGCAGAGCGAGAUUGCCAAAAAGCUGCAUGGCUUUGCCGAGCGCUUUUGUGCCCCAGCCACGCUGGCCAGCUCAGCAUCGAUGGCCAGCGAGGAAGGCGAAACAACCGUGUUGACAACGUCAACCGGACGCGAGCCCGUCUUCCAACGCAACGUUUCUGCUCUGCAGUACGUGCUCCGCUUCUUGAUGAGCCUCGCAAACAAUGACAGCGACGGGCGUGUUAUCGUGACCGCCUGCCGUCCACCGACCUCGGCAGAAGACGCUUCGGCGGUGGAUGCACGCAAGUCCACACUGCGCUUUGUCAUGCUCAAUCCAGGCGUUCACUUUCGCGACGUCGUGGGAAGUGCCCGCGCAGUAAUCUUGGCGGGUGGCACAAUGCAACCGACGGAUGCGUUUGCCAACCAGCUGUUGGCGCCUCCUUCGCAUCCCGACCUGCUUGUUCCGGUUGCCUCAGCUAGUGCUGCAUCGGCGCAGCCGUUCGCUUCUGUGGCUGCAGCUCCAACAUCCACGUCUUCCACUCCCGAAACCCAAGUGUUUUCGUGCGGUCACAUCAUUCCGGUGGAGAAUCUCCAAGCGGUGGCGCUUGCGUUUGGACCGACGGGCGAAGUCAAGUUUGACUUUUCCUUCCGCUUUCGCCACGACACAAGGGUCAUGGAUGAGCUCGGUCGUGCACUGUGUGACAUUGUGGCAUGGGUGCCCGAGGGCGUUGUCUGCUUUUUCCAGUCAUACGACUACAUGGCCAAGGUUUUGGACCGCUGGCGGCAAACCGAGGUUUUGCAACAAGUGCAACUGAAAAAGCGCGUGUUUCAAGAGCCGCGCGUGGCGGGCAAUGUCGACUCUGUGCUUCGAGAGUACUCUGAGUGCAUCCGAGCUGGCAAUGGAGCCAUCUUGUUUUGUGUUGUUGGCGGCAAACUGAGCGAGGGCAUCAAUUUUAGUGACGGGCUUGGCCGCUGUGUUGUGAUGGUCGGUCUUCCAUUUGCCAACAUGUACUCGACCGAGCUCAACGAAAAGAUGCGCUACCUGAAUGAGCAGGCCAAGGUUCGUGCCCUGGCCUCGUCCAAGACCAAUAAACUGCCGCCAUCGUUCGACGAAACUGCCGCUGGCGAAGAGUUCUAUCUCAAUCUUUGCAUGAGGGCCGUCAACCAGUCGAUUGGACGCGCGAUUCGACACUCGAAAGACUAUGCAACCAUCUUGCUUCUCGAUCACCGGUUUCUCCAACCUCACAUCCAAGCCAAGCUCCCAAGGUGGAUUGCAGAAAGCGCGAGUUUCACGUCCACCGAAAAGUUUCGAGUCGCCGCAGGUCGUGUCCUAUCGUUUUUUGCGAAAAAGCCUGCGCCGCCUGUACAUUAAUCUAGUGCCCAACGCUAACUGUAUUGUAUCAAAAUCUCAUGUUACUUGUUAACCAUACACAUACACGCUAUCCCAUGCUCUAAA